AUGGAAACUGAAGAAAGUGACAAGCAAAACGAAUUCAUCGCUGGCACUUCAGCAAGUGAGUUUAUAGCAUCUGGCCCCGAUGCGUUCCAUCGCUUCGUAGCCAACAAGUUCAGUCUGGCUGCUGGGCCGCUUCCUCGACUCGAAAUCCGAAUGCACAAUCUCUCACUUGGAGUGAAGACGCGUGACACGACAUCGAGUGCAACAUCGGAGCUCCCGACACUGCCAACUGUACUCCGUCACGCUGUCACCAAGUCUCUCAGUGCCUGCUUGAAUCAAGGCCAUGACAGUAUUGCGAAUCGCUUCAUUCUGCGAGAUAUCUCGGGUGGUUUCAAACCUGGAACCAUGACGCUCGUUCUUGGUCAACCUGGAUCAGGCAAGUCAUCGCUCCUGCAGUUGUUAAGUGGUCGGUUCCCUCUUGAAAGUAGAGAUAUCACUGUGGACGGCGACGUCAUGUUUAACGAUGAGUCUCGCGAAUCUCUGGCUACCCGUUUGCCGCAAUUUGCUGCUUACGUUCCUCAGCAAGACCUGCACUUGUCGACUCUGACAGUUCGUGAGACGCACGAGUUCGCUCACACUUGUAGCACCGCGUACUUUAACAAGCAUGUCGAGGACUUGCUGAAUCGUUCAGUACAGACUGAAGACAACGUCCAAGCACAAGCCACGGCAUGCUCACUGCUGCAUCACUUGCCACAGAUCACUCUGGAGCUUCUUGGCUUGCAACACUGCGCAGACACGAACAUCGGUGGGAACCUGCAGCGUGGGGUCUCUGGAGGUGAGAAGAAGCGCGUUACCACUGGAGAAAUGUUGGUCGGAUACAAACUCGCCUUGUUCUUGGAUAGCAUUACCACAGGACUCGACAGUGCUGCAGCCUUCGACAUCGUUUCAACCCUACGAGGUCGAGCUCGUUCCUUUGACCAGACUGUUGUAGCUGCAUUGUUGCAGCCUGCCCCCGAGGUCUUUGAGUUAUUUGACGAUGUUCUGCUACUCAUGGGAGGACGAGUAGCUUAUCAUGGCCCCGUGAGAGACGUCCGAGGUUACUUCGAAAGCCUUGGAUUCUACUGCCCACCGGGACGCGACUUUGCGGACUUCUUGAUGGAUCUGGGUACGGAUGAACAGGUUCGGUACCAAACAGGUUCAAGUCAAUCUCCGCGUACGGCGGAGCAGUACGCUGCAGUUUUUGCGUCGUCGUCGAUCUACCAGCAACAGUUGCAGCAAUUGGAGACUCCAGUCGAUGCUAGUAUGGCUGAAAACACACACAAGUACGUGGACUUGAUUCCGGAAUUCCAGCAAGGCUUCGGCGCUAGUACAUGGACGCUUGUACGUCGCGAGAUGCUGGUUUUGAGUCGCAACAUUGCAUUCGUAGUCGGUCGAGCAGUGAUGACUGUAGUCAUGGGACUGCUGUAUGCCAGCACGUUCUAUGACUUCGAGGCUACCGACGUGCAAGUGAUCAUGGGUGUGGUCUUUUCCGUGAUCUUCUUCGUGUCGCUGGGCCAGGCAGCGCAGAUCCCGACGCUCUUUGAGGCACGCGACAUCUUCUACCGUCAGCGUCGAGCCAAUUUCUAUCGCUCGUCAUCGUUUGUGCUUGCUAGCACACUGAGCCACGUACCAGUGGCUUUAUUCGAGACACUAGUUUUCGGGUCACUUAUUUACUGGCUGUGUGGCUUCGUGCCCGACGUUGAGCUCUUCGUACGCUACGAAGCGAUCGUCUUUCUCUCUAGUUUGGCAUUUGGCGCUUGGUACUUCCUUCUGGUUGCGUUCACGCCCAAUAUGAACGUGGCGAUGCCCAUGGCGAUGUUGUCCGUUCUCUUCUUCGUCAUGUUUUCGGGUUUCGCCAUCCCGAAAGACCAGAUUCCGGACUAUCUCAUUUGGCUUUACUGGGCGAGUCCCGUAGCGUGGGGGAUUCGCGGACUAGCAGUAAACCAGUUUCGAGCGCCUCGUUUCGACGUCUGCAUCUACGAAGAGGUUGACUACUGUACUCUAUCGGGAGGAACUAUGGGGGAGUACUAUCUGUCGCUGUUUGACGUUCCAGCGGACAAGAAGUACGUGGAGCUCAGUAUGGUUGUCGUUGUUGGUUGCUAUCUCCUCUUCUUGGUUCUCGCUGUAUGGGCCCUGGAACAUCGUCGCUUUGAGGGACCAGAGGAUGCUGGAGUGUCUUACGAUAGAGUUGACAAUGGAAACCAGAAAUCGGAAGCUGAACCGCCCCGAAACUUGAAAAAUGCGAGGGACAGCUCGUACGGAUUGGUGAAGACUCCACGGGGAACGGAGUCGGUGGAUAUCACGGUUCAACCUUCCUCUGGUGAUUACAAAAGAAACUUUGUUCCAGUCACACUAGCGUUCGAGGAUAUCUGGUAUUCUGUGCCCAUGCCCCACCACCUGAAGAAAACAGAUCCUGAUAAAGAAGACAGUGAUGCACAAAUGGAAGCUGAAGCAAACUUCGGCUUACAGCAGGGAGAUGUUGAGGUCUUGAGUCGAGAUAAAACGCAGGACGGCAUGCUACAAAUUCUGAAGGGCGUUUCUGGAUUUGCACGGCCGGGAUUCAUGACCGCACUUAUGGGCUCUUCUGGUGCUGGUAAAACCACACUGAUGGAUGUUAUUGCACACCGCAAGCCAGGAGGCUCUGUGAGUGGACGCAUUCUACUCAAUGGACACGAAGCUAGUGACUUGGCAAUGCGCCGUUGUACUGGUUACUGCGAGCAAACAGACGUGCACUGCGAAGGUGCUACGUUCCGCGAGGCGUUAACGUUUAGUGCCUUCCUUCGGCAGCCAGCAGACGUUCCCGACAGCGUCAAGCGAGACACAGUUCGCGAGUGUCUCGACCUACUCGAUCUUCACCCCAUAGCUGAUCGUAUUGUACGUGGGGCGUCCAUGGAGCAGCUUAAGCGACUCACAGUUGGUGUGGAGCUAGCAGCCCAACCCAGCAUUUUAUUCCUUGACGAACCUACCAGUGGCUUAGACGCGGCCGCAGCUAAAGCCAUAAUGGAAGGGGUACAAAAGCGAGGUGGUCGAACAGUAUUCUUUGGCGAUGUUGGACCGCAAUGCCGCGAUCUGGUGCAAUACUUCGAACAGCUUCCCGGUGUCACUCCCCUCCAACCAGAGGCUAAUCCAGCUACUUGGAUGCUGGAGUGUAUUGGUGCGGGGGUCAACACUGGUGAUAAAAAAUCUGGAAGCGUGUCAGUCGACUUUGCAGAUAUUUUCAAGGCGAGUAAACUCCAGGAACAGUUGGAUGCCGCGAUGAAGGAACCAGGUGUGGCGUGUCCUUCGGAAGAUCUGGCUGAGCUGACGUUUGCAAGCAAGCGAGCUGCUGGAGCACUGGUACAGCUUUGCUUCUUAGUUCGACGCAGUUUUCGGUCGUACUGGCGAACAGCGUCUUACAACAUCACGCGUGUUGGUAUCUCUCUGAUACUCGCCCUGAUCUUUGGAGUCGCAUUCCUUGAGGCAGACUACGGAUCAUAUGCUGGCGCGAAUGCCGGCGUUGGUAUGCUCUUCAUUGCAACGGGGUUCAAUGGGAUCGUGUCCUUCUUUGGCGUCCUCCCUGUUGCAGUGGGUGAUCGCGCCUCCUUCUAUCGAGAACGUGCUGGCCAAACGUAUAGCGCGUUCUGGUAUUUUAUCGCCGGGUCGAUCGUCGAGAUUCCGUACGUGCUGACCAGUACGCUUCUAUUCUCCGUGAUCUUCUACCCGAUGGUUGGCUUCACGGGUGGUAUCGUAUCGUGGUUGCUCUUCUGGCUCAACACAGCGCUACUCGUGCUACUGCAAGUAUACAUGGGUCAAUUGUUGGCUUAUGCACUACCAACAGCAGAACUUGCCAUGGUUGUCGGGGUGGUGGUUAACACUGCCAGUUUCCUCUUCAUGGGCUUCAACCCUCCAGUCAACUCCAUUCCAGCCGGGUACAAGUGGCUCUACCAGAUCGUACCUCUACGAUAUUCCUUCAGUGCAUUGACAGCGCUUGUGUUCGCGGAUUGCCCGUCUGCGGGUGACUCGGACAUUGGUUGUCAGAAGUUGGCCAACGCACCAGUUACACUCACGUUUUCAAGCGUCAAGGAGUACGUGGAGUACACGUUCGGUGCUCGACACGACCAAUUGGCACGUAACAUGGGGGUUGUAGUGCUUAUCAUUGCAGUUCUGCGAGUUCUGGGUCUGCUAGCGUUGCGGUUCAUCAACUAUGAGAGACGUUAG